UUGUUAAUGGCACAUCAGAGGCUAAUUGGACUGUAAAAACUUCUGGUCCUCAGUGCUUUAUUUGUGCUGAUGUCUCUUUGCAGUGGAAAAAAAAAACUCUCAAUAAGCCUAGUGUGUAAUUGUGUGUUCAGGGGAGCUGAGGUGAGAAAACUGUUGAGCUGGUUUAUUUGUCAGUGAACGCACUGGUCAUCCUCAAGUCUCUAAUAUUGUAUGAAGAGACAUUAGACUAUAACAAAGUGAUGCAUCUCACUGGAGGGUGGGGGGUCAUCCAUAUUAUCUACGUCACACCUCUAUACAACAUAACCUCAAUGACAGGCUGCCUUAAAUUUGCCUGUUUCAGUGUACAGGGUUUCAGUCUUCAUUUGAAGUGGAGUAAAAUAUACAUCUCUGAGUAAGUCAUCUUUGAUUUGUACGAUUAAUAUGGUACAUUAAUGAGCACUGACAUUUUGUUUGUUGCUUGCUAUCUAUUGCAAUCAAUGAAAAUGUAACAAUUAUUUAAAAUAUUUUAAUAAUAAUAAUAAAUUAUCUUAUGAUAUCAUAAUAUCAGUACACAGUAGAAUAUUUAUGACUUGUCUCUUUACUUUCAUUUUGAGGAAUGCAUAACAAUCAGAUGUAAUUUCUUUCAAAUGAAUUGUCAUGCUAUUUUAUUAAACAAGUAACAUGCUGUUAUUUAUCAUACAAAAAGAUCAUCUUUUUUUUAAAUGCACUACCUUAACACAAAGUUUUUGUCUUGUUUUAUCUCUCCAGGUUCAUUGGUUACUGUACAUCUGAUUCAGUAUGUCUUAUGUAUCAGACAGCUCUAGUCUCAACAAGGCCCUGCGGCAGCAGUAUCUCAGUCUGCCCCAGGGGAACUUCUGUCAGGUCACUUACGUCUGGAUCGAUGGCUCUGGAGAGGGUCUGCGUAACAAGACUCGAACCAUGGAUUCAGAGCCAAAGAGCGUAGCUGACCUACCAGAAUGGAAUUUUGAUGGCUCAAGCACGGGUCAGUCUAAAGGACACAACAGUGACAUGCUACUGAUUCCUGUCUGCAUGUUCAGGGACCCAUUCCUCUUGGACCCGAACAAACUGGUGCUAUGUGAGGUGCUCAAGCACACCCGAGAACCUGCAGAAUCAAACCACCGUAACUGCUGUAACAAGGUCAUGGAGAAGGUCAAAGACCUUCACCCCUGGUUUGGCAUGGAGCAGGAAUAUACUCUUUUUGGAGUAGAUGGACACCCUUAUGGCUGGCCCAGGCUUGGAUUCCCCAAACCACAAGGUCCGUAUUAUUGCAGUGUUGGUGCUGACAGAGCUUUUGGCAGAGACGUUGUGGAGUGUCAUUAUAAAGCCUGUCUGUAUGCUGGCAUCAAAAUCAGUGGCACUAACGCAGAGGUCAUGCCCUCUCAGUGGGAGUUCCAGGUGGGUCCAUGUGAAGGAAUUGAGAUGGGAGAUCAUCUAUGGAUGGCACGUUUCCUGCUAUACAGGGUGUGUGAAGAUUUUGGAGUGGUGGCCACUCUGGAUCCAAAACCCAUGACAGGAGACUGGAACGGAGCCGGUUGCCACAUCAAUGUGAGCACAGUGCAAAUGAGAGAACAAGGAGGAAUUGAGCACAUUGAGAAAGCUAUUGAGAAACUGAGCAAGCGCCAUGCAGAUCAUAUUUGUGUUUACGACCCACAUGGUGGAGAAGAUAACAAACGUCGCCUCACGGGUCGCCACGAGACCUCCAGCAUCCAUGAUUUCUCAGCGGGUGUUGCUAACCGUGGGGCCAGCAUCCGUAUUCCUCGUCAGGUGGGACAGGAAAAAUGCGGUUACUUUGAGGACCGUCGUCCUUCUGCCAACUGUGACCCAUAUGCUGUGACCUGCGCAAUGGCCCGCACAUGUAUGCUGCAAGAGGAGGAAGAUACCCAUGAAACUGAAUAA